GCCAGUGUGCCCUAAGAAGCAGAGGGCACUUGCUACUGCAUCCCACGACUUUUUCAUACCCUAUGGUAAAAACUUCGUGUCUUUGGAUCUUUUUCUUCCAAAUCCAUAAGCUGAAAAUGCUUCCUAGAUGAAGGCACAGACCCUUCUGGGGUGUGAGCUGCUCUUUUCCCCAGCCUCCCUCUGCCAAGCAUGUCUUUCCCUUCAUCUGUGGUCCGCUGAAUGCUGGAAAGAUGUUAGAACCGACCCGUGAGGGUAUCAGGACUCUGAGAGGUCACACACCUGCCCCCAGCAGAACAUUCCGGAGCCAACCUCUGACCUCCAUCUCCCUACCACAUCCUUCCAGAGAUAGAUCUUGCUUUAGGGAUGUACCGGAUUCAAUGCUCUAAUUUUGUAAAAGCUCUAAUUUGUAAAAGCCUAAAAAGGAGUCGGGAGGAGGCUGGGAGGAAGCCCUCUGCCAGAGGGUUCUGCCCAGGCCUCUGACACCUCUGUCCACCUCCCCUACCCACUCGUGCACCUCGGCUCCCUGCCGGAGAGACUUGGAAGCGCCCGCUGCUCACGCCCCCUUCUGACUGCGCAGCGGGAGUCAAGCGCCCACGGGACCGCAGCUGGCAUCCAAGGGGUUAACCCGGGAGCAGACCAGGUGGAGGUCCAGGCCCCUAAGCCUCCUCUGCACCUCCGGGCUUCCGAGGCCACCGGAACGGUGGAGGCUGCGGUGGCUCUUUGUCUACCUGCUGUGGGCGUUAAAGAGCCCGCUCGCAGCCAGCAUCGCCGGCGCUCGGGACAGAAGUCAGCGACGGGGGAAAUGGGGCUCUGUCGCUUUAAGUACAGCUGGAGCCGUAAGUACGAGCCCGGCUGCGGAAAAAAAAGGGAGCGGAGGGCCGGCGGGGUUCGGUUUCGGGCCCUCCGCGUGGUUGGCGGCUCAGACCUUUUUUGGGGUGUCCGUCGCGUGCCGGGUGAGGUCAGUCCCGGAAGGGGUCCUGGGUGCCCACCCGGUGAAUGGCCGCCUGAGCUGGGCAAGAUGCUUCACCUGCCUCUGCCCAGGUCGGGGAGGACAGUGAAUUUCCCCCGCAGUUGGGAUGAAAGCAGCUCCAUCAGUAGUGGGCUCAGUGAUGCCUCAGACAACCUCAGCUCAGAAGAGUUCAAUGCCAGCUCCUCGCUCAACUCCCUCCCAACCACUCCCACUGCUUCUCGCAGGAACUCUACAAUAGUGCUGCGCACAGACUCAGAGAAGCGCUCUCUGGCAGAAAGUGGGCUGAGCUGGUUUAGUGAAUCAGAGGAGAAAACCCCCAAAAAACUGGAGUACGACAGUGGUAGCCUGAAGAUGGAGCCUGGGACUUCUAAGUGGCGAAGAGAGAGGCCUGAGAGCUGUGAUGAGUCAUCCAAGAGUGGAGAAUUGAAAAAGCCCAUCAGCCUAGGACACCCAGGGUCCCUGAAGAAGGGCAAGACCCCACCGGUGGCUGUCACUUCCCCCAUCACUCAUACAGCCCAGAGUGCCCUCAAAGUAGCAGGAAAACCUGAAGGCAAAGCUACAGACAAAGGUAAGCUGGCAGUGAAGAACACUGGGUUACAGCGCUCCUCUUCUGACGCCGGCCGGGAUCGCCUGAGUGAUGCUAAGAAGCCCCCAUCGGGCAUCGCUCGCCCCUCCACUUCAGGAUCCUUUGGCUACAAGAAGCCUCCUCCUGCCACAGGCACAGCCACUGUCAUGCAGACUGGUGGCUCAGCCACUCUCAGCAAGAUCCAGAAGUCCUCAGGCAUCCCUGUCAAGCCAGUAAAUGGACGCAAGACUAGUUUAGAUGUGUCCAAUAGUGCAGAGCCCGGAUUCCUGGCUCCUGGAGCCCGUUCCAACAUCCAGUAUCGCAGCCUGCCCAGGCCAGCCAAGUCCAGUUCUAUGAGCGUGACCGGUGGGCGGGGUGGACCUCGCCCUGUUAGCAGCAGCAUUGACCCCAGUCUCCUCAGCACCAAGCAGGGAGGCCUUACACCCUCCAGACUGAAGGAGCCUUCCAAGGUUGCCAGUGGGCGAACCACUCCAGCUCCUGUCAAUCAAACAGACCGGGAAAAGGAAAAGGCCAAAGCCAAAGCAGUGGCCUUGGACUCAGACAACAUCUCCUUAAAGAGCAUUGGCUCCCCAGAAAGCACUCCCAAGAACCAAGCAAGCCACACCCCUGCCACCAAAUUAGCAGAGCUGCCACCAACCCCUCUCAGGGCCACAGCUAAGAGCUUUGUGAAGCCACCCUCACUAGCCAAUCUAGACAAGGUCAACUCCAACAGUCUGGAUCUACCAUCAUCCAGUGACACUCAUGCCUCAAAGGUCCCAGAUCUGCAUGCUACAAGCUCAGCAACUGGGGGCCCCCUCCCGUCUUGCUUCACUCCCAGUCCAGCUCCCAUCCUCAAUAUUAACUCAGCCAGCUUCUCCCAGGGCCUGGAGCUAAUGAGUGGCUUCAGUGUCCCAAAGGAGACCCGCAUGUACCCCAAACUCUCAAGCCUGCACAGGAGCAUGGAGUCCCUUCAGAUGCCCAUGAGCCUGCCCAAUGUCUUCUCCAGCAGUUCUCCCAUCCCCACCCCCCCUGCUGCCCCUGCUGCCCCCUCAGAAGAAGAGACAGAAGAGCUGACCUGGAGUGGAAGCCCCAGGACUGGACAAUUGGACAGUAAUCAGCGGGAUCGGAACACCCUUCCCAAGAAAGGGCUCAGGUACCAGCUUCAGCCCCAGGAGGAGAUCAAGGAGAGACGGCACUCCCACACCAUCGGUGGGCUGCCAGAAUCAGACGACCAGGCAGAGCUGCCCUCCCCCCCUGCACUGUCCAUGUCUUUGAGCGCAAAGGGCCAGCUUACCAACAUAGUGAGUCCCACUGCGGCCACCACGCCAAGAAUCACCCGCUCCAACAGCAUCCCCACCCACGAGGCGGCCUUCGAGCUGUACAGCGGCUCCCAAACGGGGAGCACCCUGUCCCUGGCUGAGAGACCCAAGGGAAUGAUACGGUCAGGAUCCUUCCGAGACCCCACGGACGAUGUUCAUGGUUCGGUGCUGUCCCUGGCCUCCAGUGCCUCCUCCACUUACUCCUCACAAAUCCGGAAGCUUCGUAGGGAACUGGAAUCAUCCCAGGAAAAAGUGGCCACCUUGACAUCUCAGCUUUCUGCCAAUGCUAAUCUAGUAGCUGCUUUCGAGCAGAGCCUGGUGAAUAUGACAUCCCGCCUACGACACCUGGCAGAGACAGCCGAGGAGAAGGACACUGAGCUGCUGGAUUUGCGAGAAACUAUAGACUUUCUAAAGAAAAAGAACUCAGAGGCCCAGGCAGUCAUCCAGGGAGCCCUGAAUGCUUCAGAAGCCACACCCAAAGAACUCCGGAUUAAGAGACAGAACUCCUCAGAUAGCAUCUCAAGCCUCAACAGCAUCACCAGCCAUUCCAGCAUUGGCAGCAGCAAGGAUGCUGAUGCCAAAAAGAAGAAGAAAAAGAGUUGGCUUCGAAGUUCCUUCAACAAAGCCUUCAGUAUAAAAAAGGGACCCAAGUCAGCUUCCUCAUACUCUGACAUUGAGGAGAUUGCUACCCCCGACUCCUCAGCCCCCUCAUCCCCCAAACUGCAGCAUGGCUCCACUGAGACCGCCUCACCCUCCAUCAAGUCCUCCACCUCAUCCUCUGUGGGCAUUGAGGUCACUGAGGCUCCUGCCCACUCAGUCCCUCACACUAGGCUGUUCCAUGCCAAUGAGGAGGAGGAGCCUGAAAAGAAGGAGGUAUCUGAGCUGCGCUCUGAGCUGUGGGAAAAAGAGAUGAAGCUUACAGACAUUCGCUUGGAGGCUCUCAACUCUGCCCACCAGCUGGACCAGCUUCGGGAGACCAUGCAUAACAUGCAGUUGGAGGUGGACCUGCUGAAAGCAGAGAAUGACAGGCUAAAGGUUGCCCCUGGCCCAUCCUCAAGCUCCACUCCAGGGCAGGUCCCUGGAUCCUCUGCUCUGUCAUCUCCUCGCCGCUCUCUGGGCCUUGCACUCACCCAUUCUUUCAGCCCGAGUCUCACAGACACAGACCUAUCACCCAUGGAUGGCAUCAGCACCUGUGGUCCAAAGGAGGAAGUGACACUUCGGGUGGUAGUACGGAUGCCUCCCCAGCACAUCAUCAAAGGGGACUUGAAGCAGCAGGAAUUCUUCUUGGGAUGUAGCAAGAUCAGUGGAAAAGUUGACUGGAAGAUGCUGGAUGAAGCUGUUUUCCAAGUGUUCAAGGACUAUAUUUCUAAAAUGGAUCCAGCUGCCACCCUGGGACUAAGCACUGAGUCCAUCCAUGGCUAUAGCCUCAGCCAUGUGAAACGAGUGUUGGAUGCUGAGCCCCCAGAGGUGUCUCCUUGCUGCAGAGGUGUCAGUAACAUAUCAGUCUCCCUCAAAGGUCUGAAGGAGAAGUGCGUCGACAGCCUGGUGUUUGAGACGCUCAUCCCCAAGCCCAUGAUGCAACACUACAUAAGCCUCCUGCUCAAGCACCGGCGCCUUGUCCUCUCGGGCCCCAGUGGCACAGGCAAGACCUACCUGACCAAUCGGCUGGCCGAAUACCUCGUGGAGCGCUCUGGCCGUGAAGUCACCGAGGGCAUCGUCAGCACCUUCAACAUGCACCAGCAGUCUUGCAAGGAUUUACAACUGUAUCUCUCCAACCUGGCCAACCAGAUAGACCGGGAAACAGGAAUUGGGGAUGUGCCCUUGGUGAUUCUGUUGGAUGACCUAAGUGAAGCAGGCUCCAUCAGUGAGCUGGUCAAUGGGGCCCUCACCUGCAAGUACCACAAGUGUCCCUAUAUUAUAGGUACCACCAAUCAGCCUGUAAAAAUGACACCUAACCAUGGCUUGCACUUGAGCUUCAGGAUGCUGACCUUCUCCAACAAUGUGGAGCCAGCCAAUGGCUUCCUAGUCCGUUACCUGAGGAGGAAGUUAGUAGAGUCAGACAGCGACAUCAAUGCCAACAAAGAAGAGCUGCUUCGGGUGCUGGACUGGGUGCCGAAACUGUGGUAUCACCUACACACCUUCCUUGAGAAGCACAGCACCUCGGACUUCCUCAUCGGCCCUUGUUCUUUCUGUCCUGUCCCAUUGGCAUUGAGGACUUCCGGACCUGGUUCAUUGACCUAUGGAACAACUCUAUCAUUCCCUAUCUACAGGAAGGAGCCAAAGAUGGGAUCAAGGUCCAUGGACAGAAAGCCGCUUGGGAGGACCCAGUGGAGUGGGUCCGGGACAGUCUUCCCUGGCCAUCAGCCCAACAAGACCAAUCAAAGCUGUACCACCUGCCCCCGCCCACUGUGGGUCCUCACAGCAUUGCCUCCCCUCCAGAGGAUAGGACAGUCAAAGACAGCACCCCAAAUUCUCUGGACUCAGACCCUCUGAUGGCCAUGCUGCUGAAACUGCAAGAAGCUGCCAACUAUAUCGAGUCUCCAGAUCGAGAAACCAUCCUGGACCCCAACCUCCAGGCAACGCUCUGAGAGUCCAGCCGUCCCUGUCACCCCAGACAGCAGAAGGCUGACGUCAGCUUUAUUAGCCCCUCCUCUCCCCUCUUCUUUCAGAGCACUGGCUCUCCAGCCCCUGGAGGAGAGCAGGAGGGAGGAGGAGGGCAGGAAGAGGGGCAGGUUCUUGGUGCUGCACCUUUGAGAACUUCCUAGUAGGGAUUGGUGGGGUGGAGUUUGGGAACUUAUGUCCCCUAAAUACAUUUACUGGCCUCCUCUCACGACUUUGGGGAAAAGAUGAUUCCGGGUCUUUUCCUUGAUUUCUUGUUUCAACUUACAAACUCCUGGGCUUUCUGGGGAGGGGUUCAGAAGACUUCAAAAACUCUGAAACAGUUCCUAACCGAUUCUCAUGAGCAACUCUGAGACAGUCAUAUGUGGGGAAAUCUGAGGGAGGCAGGAAGCUCUGCAGACUCUCUUGCAGACCCUUCCCAAGUCUGUCAACACUGCCAACAAUCUUCCCCCAGAGAUCUGGCUGCACCCCAGAAAAGAAGCAUGUGGUUUAAAAAUGUGUAAAUGAACCUGUAAAAGGUAAAA